AUGGCUACAAGAAAUCCAUCAUCCUCGUACAAGCUGCAGCGUUUAGUCACGAUGUUUUGCCGGUACAGAGCUGUUUCCGGCAGUUCGUGGCGGAGCAACCAGGCCAACCACCGUGGGCCACCGACGUACACGGUGGGACGUGGCCGUUUGGUGGAUCAAGGGCUUAGGUUCCUAAGUGUGAGCUCCAGGCAAUAUACCCAACCCAUGUUGGGAAUGGAAAAUGCUCCUCCUGAAGAGGUGCAAGUACAACAAGCAUUGCCAACUUCCCCUACAUUUGGCUUUUCCAAUUGGAUGAGAUGGCUUUUGGGAUCCAUACUAUCAUUGUUGCUACCACUGUGGAAUAACAAAUGGGACAACUUACUUAAAUUGGAAGUUAAGGCGACAAAAGUGGUGGAUGAGGUGGAGGUGGUAGCUGAGGUGGUGGCUGAGGUGGCGGCCACCGCGGAUAAGGCGCUUGCUGAGGUGGCAAAACAGCUCCCAGAUAACAGCAAGCUAAAGGAGGCAGCUCAAGUGAUGGAACAUGUGUCUAAUGUAGCUGCUCAGGAAGCUCAACUAGUUGAAGACAUAAUCCACAAGGUUGGUGAUUUGAAGCAAAAUUUGGAGGAUCUCGAUGCAAUGGUGGAGCCAAUUGUUGAAAAGAUGACAAAGGAGGAUCACAAAAAAAAUUAG